CCCUCCUGAGCAAAUUUAACUAGCUUUAAAUAACAUUAUGAAGUAUAUUAUGGGUUCUCGAAAUUAAUUUCGUGUGCGCCAAAGGUGUUUGUACAAGUGUGAGCUCUGCUACCCUAGCUGGUGUUAGCUAGCGUUACUGUGAAACGGAUGGCUUCAUUUGGCUGGAAGAGGAAAGUUGGUGAGAAGGUUUCAAAGUCAGUGGUGCAACAGUUUGAGGCUGAGGCAGAGAAAGCUAAAGAUGUUGGACCGAGUCUUCAGGACGAGGAGGUGGACUGGCUGCACGCCUCCAAACGACGGCGGGAGGUCCUGCUGGAUGACUGUGCGUCAAAGAGCAACAGGCUGAAGGACGAGGGUGCACAGCUGGCUGAGCAAGGCAGGCACAAGGAGGCCAUUAAGAAGUGGGACGAGGCCAUUCAACUGACUCCAGACAACCCAGACCUGUAUGAGAUGAAGUCCCAGGUGCUGACCAUCCUGCAGGAAGUGUUCCCCGCCGUGAAGGCAGCGGAGAUGGCGGUGAAGUACCGUCCCCUUUGGUGGGAGGGCUGGCAGACUCUGGGCCGUGCCCAGCUCAACAUGGGAGAGGUGGACCUGGCUUUGAGGUCCUUCCAGGUUGCCGUCCACCUGUGCCCAUCAGAGCGCACCCUGUGGCAGGAAGACCUGGCAUGGGCAUGCAGGUUAAAGAAGCAGCGCAUAGGAACUGAGGAGAGAACACGGCAAGAGGAGGAGGCCCAGAAACAGAUCCUUAAUGCCCCCGAGCUCGAGCAGGACUAUGAUUUUGAGUCUGAUGAGGUGCUGGCAGCCUGCGAGGCCGUCGCUGAGCGACAAACGCGCUAUGAGGAGAUGAAGAGGACCACUGUGGUCAUAGACGCAGAGGGAAAUAUAAGAAAUGUGGUGACUGGUGAUGGGGGAUCAGAGGACACAGCUACACCAUCAAAGGAACAGUUUGUCAAAGCAAGAGGACUUUGAACUGCGCUCAGCAUGAGCUGAUUGUCCUGCCCGCAUUUUUUAAGAAUGAAUGGUAUAAUUUCAGAAACCACUGUGAGUGAAGGUUUGUGUGCAACAGAAUAAAAGAAAAAAAUAGUUUUGUCGUUUUACAUUUUCCAUCCCUUUAAUGUUAAUUAUGUUAAAUGUGCAUGUAAAGAAGAUCCAUUUUUUACUAAUGUAGUAAUCUGGCUCUUUACUGUAAGUCAUUCGGUUCCAGAUACCCAAGAACUUUCGUACGUCUUAUCUCUGUUUCAGUGUUUCCUCUGAAUGGCACAAUAACACUUUGAGUUUAUAGUUAAUGGACUCUGUGAAACUUGAUGGAGUCAUUAAUGAAAACAGGAUUGUAAAAGAUGCUUGGAAAUUGACCCCCUUGAAUUGACUUAAAUGUACAGAUAAAGACGGAGAGCAAAAGCUCCAAUUAGCUUUUGAGUUAAAUCUGUUUGACUGGGAAUUAGAUUAAAUGAAUCAGAGUUUAGUAUCCUCCAGGACUAAAGUUCCAGGUGGUAGAAAUUUAACAGAAUUACAAUCACAUCACAUCAUGUCUGAUAGUCACAGUUAAUGAUCUGUGAGGUUUCCAUAUGUUGGUGUUUAUUGAACAGGCUGCUGCUGAAAAGGACAGUGCAUGCUCAGCAAAUUGCCGAAGUGUGAAUAAACACAAAAAAACUAAAGA